AUGGAGUCAACUUGCCCGUCAAAACUAACGAUUCAGCAUGCUACUGAAAACCUUCUCCUGCUCCAGCGGAACCGUCAGGAUGGUCAACAAGAUGGUGUGAGCAAUGAUACUGCGAGUGAACCCACAACAAUCCUCGAUGCUACAUACACCUUCGAUGAUCCCACGACAAAGACAACGAGCCCUCUGGCUCUGCAGAAUUCAAACUUUGGCCCUGCAAGUACGCCAUGCUUACUUCUUUUGCAUGGUGCAGAUACCCUGGUUUUCGUUGAUCCUCCAGAGACAGUCCGAGCUAAGUUGCCGCCUCACAUCUCGAUAGUUCCUCAUCGUGUUCACAGCGAGAAACUAUUGGCCACAGGAUCAGCCUACUUUAAACGACUUUUUGAUCCUAAGAUUCAGACCCGGGUCAAGAAACGACGCGGUCUGACUGGCACACUUCCGGAUGGCGUCCAAUACGUCUUGGACCUCACACCUCCAAUGUUAGAUGAAGAUGCGCUGAUUUUUGUGACCCAACUUUCAUGUCCUAUGAGUAUCCGAGCAUGGGCCUUGCAGCAGAGUACAUGGAACUUGCCCUUGUCAUGUGUCGGAGGUCAAGAAGACAUGGAACCCUCCAACGUACGCCUGCCUACGACAUUACCUGACAUUGCAGCCGAUACCUAUAUCGGCCCUGAUGAAGAUUCCGGCAAUAAUCCAAGUGAGUGUUCAACUUGGUUGCAAGAUGCAGUCCCGCCUGGGAUAGAGGAGGAGCAACGCUUGCCUCUGGAAUACUCCGCCUCCCGUCAUUGCGAAGGGGUGGAGCAUAUCCUCCACGUCCUGGAAGGACUGAGUCCCAACUUAGCCACCCCUUGCAAGCUAUGGACUUUCUUUGCGCUUGCCCAAAUUUUCGACGUGGCUUCUGUACCAGCUAUCUGCGACCGUAUCGCCUCGUGGUUCUACGAGCUGAAUAAUGUGCGGUUCAUCGAGCUUCAUCCUGAUGUAACGUACAGAGUGGCCUGUGGGAUUAAAUCCUCCUCUCUCUGCCAAGAUGCUUUUGUCGAAUUGGUUGGUGAUGAAGCUCUGCUCUACCUCAUCCGGGCUACACCCUUCAAAGCAACUGCAUCUACGCAAAGUCUGGUGCAAAGUCGGAUGCGUGACAUCCUAGAUGACACCGAGGUACAACGCAUUGAGUAUGCUAGCAAGAGUUUUGGGGACUACGUUGUUCGUUGCUUCUUGCACCUGGCCGGGAGUGAAAUGCCCUGGUUGGCGGACAUCCCUGAGUUCCAAAAGCUCACUCGCCACCUCCAACAUUAUCCUGAAGAUCAAGAAUUUGUGUUAAAAUUCAUGUUGACACUGACGGACUUCAUUCGUGAUCGCAUCUACGGUGCUUUAUGCAGGGCAAGAGACACAAAUCGCUCUUUCCACGUGGAUCCGCAUCUGAGGAGACCCGAAAGUUUGUACCAGCGACACCCCUUUGAUAGAGAGAUAAUGCUCCAGCGACUGAUUGGGAAGGACUUCUGGACCUUGUUGAUAAAUCUGGACCUCUGGCGGACUGAACCGCCUCGCACAGAAUGUCAUUCUUCUAUAGCGGAUAUUGGUGAUGGCUCGUUGGUUUUCCUCGAUGAGACCGCAGCAAGCAUUCGUCAUGUGUCGGUUACUGAAUUUCGCCACAUGAGAUAUCAGUUCAACGAGCUUGUCCGGAUGAGAGCUCAAGAACUUCAAGAGAAGGAAGCCCUUGUCAUGCAGCUUGCAGGUAGGCAUGUCAUGAUGGAGGUGACUACUAGUCCGAAUGCUCCGCUGCCCCAAUCUUUCGAAAGCAGCUCUAAGAACGGUCCUUUCCUCAACCCCAUCCCAACGAUUCCGCCCAAAUCAACCCUACCGGCAAAUUUAAGUGCAAGAGAUUUCUUCAGCGACAGCGCUUUCAAGAUCGAAGUCCACUCUUUCAUAGAAAAAUACGCGCUCGAGAUGUUGCAGGUGCCUACCACAGCCACCAUUCGACACGAACUCACGGAUACACUAACCUGCCUCACAUACAAUGAAUUCCAAUACCUAUCUCUGUGGGCAGGUGGCAACGACGAUGGAACCGGUGGUGUUUUCACUGACUUGAACAUUCCCUCCAUGGAUGCCGACGGAUUCUCCGGCCCUGGGCCCGCCGUACAUACCGGCAGUUGCACAUCAACCAAUGAGUCUAUCACCGAGCUGGACCCAAGCGACUCCUGGGGCACCGUUCGCGGCGCAUCUCAUAAUGCGACAUACAGUCACGUCUCUGAUCUCAUGUCCGUGACCUCUACAGGCUCUGCCCGGGCCGAGAUAAUUUACGCAAACGAUCAGUCGGGAAUUUACAUGGGAGAAGCAGAUUAUGACGAUGAGAGCACUCUCGAUGUUGCUUUGGCUACCGGUGACGAGGAAUACGAGACACAGAGCAAUAGCACUGUGACCAUGGAUAGAGCCUCAUCUAUCUUGUCCUCCGCCGAUCCGGGCGACAUAGGUGCGGACCAGAUGGCUGAUGAUAGCGACGAUACCGAGUUUGAGGUUGUCGAUGCGCAUGACUACAUGUAUGCGUAG